AUGGCACCUUCUCACCCAACAGCACGCUCAGAACGCGAGACGAAGGUCAAGUCGGUCUGCGCUUUCGCAUGCACCCUCGCAGACCGCCUCGACAAUUCGCACGACGCGAAGCUCACGGAAGACCUUCAAGCUCAGGUUUGCAACCUACCGCUCCCAGCAAUCUCCGCCCUGAUCGCGAAACAAGACGAACUCGAGAAUUUCGGGACUGAGCUCUGGAACGUUUCGACUCGCUUGCGACGGGACCUACUGCACACCAAUGGCAAGAUUACUGAGGAAUCCGCCAGGAGAAACCGUGAAGCCGGGCUCUUGCGUGUCUUCUCUUUCUUACUCCUGGACUCGGCGGGCAGCCAGGCGGUCAAGGGCCGGGAACGCAAAAACUGCAUUCGGCUGAUGAAGGUUGCGCUGAAGGCUGCGAAAUGGUGCGUUGAGAACAAAGAGGUGGACAAUGCGACGAAGGUGCUUGAGCGCGCAGCUGAGUAUCAGGAGAUACUGGGCGAUGAGGCCGGGGGUGAGAGGGGCGAGGCUGAGUUGGGAGAGAGACUACGCGUUGAGUACUACGCUCUGCGAACGGCGCUGGCGUGGAGAUCGGACCGUCUGGAUACUGCGGAGCACAUGUUCAUGAAGUGCCAACAGCUGUCGCGCUUUCUCACAUCGUCGCUAGCAGAGAGCGUUGCCGACCUGCUCUACGAGAUUGGCAAGGACAUGCUCAGCAAAAAGGAGUACGAAGCUGCGAUACGAUGGCUUGAGAGAGCUUACGACAUUCUCGGGGACCAGAGCCCCGAGAUGCUCAGCGCCGAAGCUGGGGAACUAAAGCUGAGCAUCAUGCAGAGUAUUGUGCAAGCGUACAUGAAGCUCAAGACUCCGGAUGCUCGCACCAAAGCAUGGCAUAUGCUCCAGCUACUUGAAGCAGAUCACAAGGGCAAGAUGUCUAUAUCAUUACUACGCCUCGAAUUGUUGUACUCGGAGGACAAGGUGGAUCCUGAACAGGUCUACUUGGUCUUACACCGAAUGAUCCACUUCGUGGUGCUCAACGACAGAAAUUUCAAGACUAUCAUGCAUUACGUCCACAAGCUGAAGGACCAGAGUGCCGCUACCGCUUGCAAAGCCCUUGACGAAGUGAUCAGCACCCGCUUGUUCCGAGAGGAGAAAGAAGCUUGGAUCGAUAAGGCCGUCAUCACUAGAGUAUGGAUCACUUGUACCUCGUUCGUUGUAGAAGGAACGUUGAACCAACUUCGGGAAUUCUUCGACGAUGUUCUCCGAAAUGCGAAAGCCCCCCUUUCUGCUCACGCAACUCACGCGGCACAGACUCUGCUCUGGAAACAGGUGGAAGCUACCUCGAGCCGUGGCCAGCAUAAAGAAGCCGAAGCAUGGUGUGGGAUUUGCCUUCAUGCGUUGUUCAACCUGGCUGGUGAGAUCAACAAAACUAAGAUUGCGAGGAAGAUAAUCAUGUGCGCUCUGGCCCGACAUGACUAUGCAGCUGCACGGGGGAUCUUCUCCAAGAUGUCCGGUCCUGGUCAGGAAGAUCGCAUGACCCGGUACCUAAUGUACAAAGUUGCGUUGCACGGCAACGAUCCAGCUGCCGAAUGCCUUGAUUCAGUAUGCCGACAGUCAUCGAAGGACACUUCCCUGCUUUAUGCAUGUGUGAUCGAGGCCCAGCAAUCAGGAAAUAAGCGAGAGGGUAUAGCAGCGCUAGAGAAGCUGCUCGAGAAGUACAGUGACCAUGCACCUGCUGGUGUAAAUCUGCCGGCGCUGUUGCGGAUGACCGUUCGCCUUCUCACGUCGGAGCUAGUUAAGGACGCCGUUUUGCAGAAAGAUGUAUUCGAGCAGAUUUGUAGAACCUUUGAUGAAGCAUCGAUACAUGCGAAGGUUUCGCGACGACGACCCAGAAAUUCUGGCAGAGAGGAAUUCAACAAUUGGGAGAUUGAAUGGCUUUCGAAGAAUUCAUACAACCUAGCUGUCAAAUACUGCGCCGAAGUCCCUCCAAAUAGUCUUGUGCGACUGUUAAGUGCAUGCAUCGAGCUUAUCAAGAUCCUCAAAGAUCACCACCAUGCCCAAGACACAGCUGACGACAUAUGUCUCCGAUUGAUGUUCUGCCAUUACUUGUUAGUCUGCACCUUCACCACACUGGCUCGAGCGGAAGACAGUAUGCAAGACUGUAUCCAACACUACGUUCAAGUCGCCAAGCACGGACGGGAGUUCCGCGUUCUUGGUGCUAACCUUAUCGACAAGUUAAGCUUGUCGUCAAAAGCCGACAUGGUCGCAAAGCAUCUACAAGUUGUCAAGCUGGAGCUUGAAGCCUCCCUAAAACGUGAACAAUGGGACGAUUUAGAGAGCCUUUUCAGCGAGUGUUGGAAAUAUGGGGGUCCAACGCACUACGACACACUUGCCGAUCUUGUGCUCAUCAUAUACUCUUCCAUGGCGAAGGACAAGGUGGACAGCAAGUACCAGACCAAGGUUCUUUCAGCGCUUCAGAAGAUCAUUAAUGCAAGUGGGAAAGGCGCAAGCUUUGACAUCGUCAAGAUGUCCCGGUGGAUCCGUUGUCUCUUCCAACUUGCGCUUACUUACGAUGAGACUGUCAGCUUGAAGUGUCUUGAUCAUGCAAUACGCAUCGCAUCUAUGCGCAAAGGAGUAACACUAAUACAGACAUCUCCCAACCUACCCAAGACCCCACCUCCGACAUCGCCCGCAUCAAUGGAUCUUGAUAGACCGAUGACUGAUGAGCAUGUCAAGGAACCCUACCACUAUCCCGCUACCGAGCUGGAGUGGCUUGCCACGACGGCCUUUAAUCAUGCAGUCGAUUACUACGUUCAGGAAAAGGACGACAAGUGCAAGCUGUGGGCGGAGAAGGCGCUUAUGCUGACUGAGUGGGCGGAGAAAGGGAGUGGGUUGAGGGGCGCGCUGAUUGAGAAGUAUUCAGGGCUUACCUGGGAGGAAGGGGGUUGAAGGAUGCGGGCAAAGGAAUGUCUUUCUGCUGAUAAAACCGAGAGAAGAGGGUCGGUGGCGAUGUGUUAGUUGAUAAAAAGUCAACGACGCUUGUGCUAAUGUAUUGAUAACGUUCAACU